AUGUUUCUCAUCUUCAACGCCGGCUCAUCUAGUCUCAAGUUUAAGCUCUUUGACAGCGACACCCUUGAAGAGAAAGGAAAAGGAGCAUGCUCUGAGAUUGGGAGUGCUCAAUCAACAUUCUCACUCAACCAGCAGGAGCCUAAGCAGUGUCAAUUAGAGUCGCACGAGGAUGCAUUAAAAACAGUAUUGCAAGAGCUGAAAGAUGCACAUGUGAUUGAGGAUGAUAAGAUGAUCAAAGCUAUCGGUCAUCGGGUCGUCCAUGGCGGUGACCGUAGAGAGCCUGUCAAAGUAACCUCAAAGACGCUCAAGCAACUUGAUGAGUUAACAGCACUUGCACCAUUGCAUAAUCAUCGUGCUGUCACUGUAAUGGAAGCAAGCUUAAAACGAAUGCCCGAUAGUGAUAACUAUGCGUACUUUGAUACAAUGUUCCACGCCACUUUACCCAAGCACAUUUAUACGUAUCCGCUACCACGUCAACAUGCCCUUGACAAUGCCGUGCGCAAAUGGGGAUUCCAUGGAUUAUCACAUCAAUUUGUCUCUGGUCGUUCAGCCAAAUUUCUUAACAAACCCCUGCAAAACAGCAAGCUUAUCACCUUGCACUUGGGUAAUGGAAGCAGUGCUUGUGCCAUCGCCAAUGGUGAAAGCAUCGAUACCACCAUGGGCCUUACUCCCGUAUCAGGGCUACCUGGGGGAACACGAUCAGGCGACAUUGAUCCAUCAGCGGUUUUUCAUCUUGUGAGCCAUCCCGCUGACCCAAAGCCUGGUGGUGGCGUCGAAUUAGCCAAGGCUGAACAUGUCUUGAACAAGGAGAGUGGUUUUAAGGGCUUGUGUGGUCUCACUCAUAUGGGCGACAUUGCUACCAAGGCUGAACACAAUGAUGAACCAGCCAAGCUCACGUUCGAUCUCUUUGUCAACCGUAUCCAAAAUUUUAUUGGUUCUUAUUUUAUACUGCUCGAAGGUUGUGAUGUCAUUGUCUUUACGGGUGGUAUUGGCGAGCACUCGGCACCCCUAAGACAACAUGUUUGUGAAAAGUUGAAAUGCAUUGGAUGCAAGAUUGAUUUGGACAAGAACAAUCACGCAGAUACCACCAAGGAUAAGGUCGUCGAUAUCACAGCAAGCGAUUCAUCUAUUCGUGUGCUGGUCGUUGAGACGAAUGAAGAACUUCAAAUUGCAAGGCUGAUGAAGGAAAACCAUCCAUAA